GCAGCUGUCCCAUAAUACUUUAAGAAAUAAGAACCUAUGUCAAAGACAAUCAACCUGUCAUAAGUACAAGGUCCAGCAAGGAAUGCUUAAUAUCUAACAUUUUUGGUAUACCAUAUAAACAUGACGGACAAUGCAAUUUAUCCUUCACAACCAGCUUACGUUGAGCACAACAAAGGAGGUUCGAGUGCUCAACCAGGGUUCGGCCAGACAACGACAGUGGUUAUGACACAGCCAGGAUAUGCUGGCCAAGUGGUAGCAAUGCCAAGACCUCCGGAUUACAUAUGUGGUUCAAUCUUUGCCUGUCUCUGUUGUUUUUGGCCGACAGGAUUGCUUGCUAUAUUCUAUGCAUACCGGGCCAGGAAAUUGGCAGCUGAAGGAGAUAUGGUUGGUGCCACAAGUAUGGCUAACUAUGCCAGAAACCUGAUGAUCACAAGCAUUGUAAUUGGUGUUAUUUGGGUCGUCUUCGUUAUUGUCUUCAGACUGACUGUAUAAGCAGAUUACUAAUUUACAAUAGCUAUUAAGUGAACAGGAUCUAAUUCCAAAAGUAGCUUUAGAAUACUUGUAAUCUCCCCUACUCCAGUCUAAUGAAAAUCAAAGAAGUAAACAAACUAACAAACUAAACGCUUUUGAAAUACAAUAUAUGACGCUUGAAAUGGCAAAGUCUUCCGAACCUUUACGAAUCAAUGUUUAUCGGAAGAUUUUAUUCACAAAUUGACAUUUACAAUGCAAACUUACUUUAUUAGACAUUUCAGAAAAUAUCAUUUCCAGGCAUGACUCUUAUUUAUGUGCGUAGAUCUAUGCAUUUAGAAAGUUAUAAUCUAAAGCUUUUGUGAUAUAAAAAAAAUCAUUGUUUUAUUAUAAAUGUUAUAUAUAUUUGAGUCAAAUAUGUGGUAUACAAUUUGGCUACAUUGAUAUAAGAUUAUGUGUGUUUUUGUUUAUAUGUCCGUAUUCUAUAGAACAGACUGUAUGAUUCAUGUUGACGAACUUAUUUUAAGGUAGACCACUGCUAAUGGGCACUACAUUGUAAAAGGAACUAUAAAAUUGCCACCAUUGGACAGUUACAAGUAUAUGCCUUAAAUGUCACCUGUUUGCAAAAUUCAAAUUAAAUUUAACCGUGUGGUUUAUGAGUUAUGGACAAUUUUCUGAACUAAAACUUUGUUAUUAGAAAAUGAGGUAUUUCCAAAUAAUCUAUAAUAUCAUCAGUAUUAUGAAAAAUGUUUUCCUAUUCCUCGUUGUUAAGAAACAAAUAACUCGUGUCACAAAUUACACAAUUUGGCAUAAGUUAGCAAAUAACUACCUACAAUAACUAAAUAAUUAAUAUUAAGCACUUUUUUAAAAUAAGGGAUCUAAGAGAUACAUAAUUAAAUUUAUAAAAAAAAGAAAGAAAAAAAGUUGCCCUUCCUGGGGUUGAACCCAUGCCCCUUAUUUUCAAUGCACUAGCCUAUUUGAAUACUCUUCAUAGUUUAGGUAAUGCAUUAGCAGUGGUCUACCUUAACAAAUGCAUUCGUUGAAUUAUCAAAAGACGUUAUGCUGUUAGCAGAUAUGUUGACGUGAGAUUAAGUGUGUGUGUGUGUGCGCGCGCUGGUAUGUGCGUGUGUGCGCGCUGGUAUGUGCGUGUUCGUGUUCGUGUGUGUGUGGGCACGCGCGCUUGUAUGUGCGUGUGCGUGUCUAUGUAUAAUAAAAUAUAACGUAUUUAUG